AAAAUACGAAAAAUUCCCUCCAACUCCAGGUAAAGGCAGUUGGCGAGAGAGGAGAACGAAUCGUAGGAAAACCCAAACAAAUCGCCUACAAUAAAUCUCAACCUUCGCAUCUCCAGAUUCUCCCCACCAAUUACUACUCUCUAUCUCUCUAUCCCUCUAAUUUUCUCUCUCCUCUCUGGAGUUGGAGCCCCGCAGCGCUUCUUUGGCCCGCACACUCCGACCUGCUGCCGUCAUGUUGCAGAAAUGGCAAAUCAAUCAGAAAACCGACCUACAGCAACGGACGUGGGCAAUAUUUUCAUAAACCAAUAUUAUGAUUUCUUUCAAAACGAUCCUCAGGUGCUCCAUAAAUUUUACCAGGACUCAAGUGUGCUAUCUCGUCCUGGACCAGAUGGUUCGACGACGACAGUGACAACUAUGGAAGGCAUUGAGAGCAUGCUACUGUCCUUGGGCUACCAUAAUUAUGGUGAUUUAGAGAUAUCGACUACUGAUUCUCAGUUUUCAUUCAAUGGUGGAGUGAUUGUUUUAGUGACUGGGUAUUUAACUGGGGAUGACAACGUGCGAAGAAAUUUUUCUCAAACUUUCUUUCUUGCCCCGCAACACAACGGAUACUUUGUCUUGAACGAUAUCUUUAAAUAUGUGGAUGUUGUGCCAAGUAAUGUCGAUGAAAAUACACCAGAAGCUCCAGUGCCCUCGAACCAUGUUGUUACAGAGCCCGCUGCCGUUGCUGAUCAGCCCGUGGUCAGUCAAACUACAUCUGUGGAGGUUAAAAAUACUAAUGGAAUGAGAGGGAAUGAUGUGAUGGAAAUUAUUCCGGAACCUGUUACUAAAUAUAGUGUUAGUGCUGAUGAUCCCAUUGAAUCAAGACGGAGUGUUGCCCUGAAAGAAACGGAAGCCACAGCUUCUAACACCCAGAAUGAUGCUCCGAAGAAGUCUUUUGCAGCGGUGGUGAGUUAUUGUUUGGGGUAUCUUGUAGUUGGUGACUGCUUGAGUGAGAAUAAAGCUCCAUUUGUUGUGAGGACACCUGCACGAAAACCUGCACCCAAACCUGUUGAGCAACCGCGUGCACCUGUAACGCCUGAAGCUUUAACUCCCCGAAACAACACUGCUAUGGAAAAGAAUAAUGUCCCUGCAGUUAAGUCUCAUGCCAUUUUCGUCGCCAAGUUGCCCAUGGAUGCGACUCGUGAAGAACUGGAGAAGGUAUUCAAGCCUUACGGACCCAUCAAGCGCAACGGGAUUCAAGUUAGAAGCAACUGGAAUCAGGGAAACUGUUUCGGGUUUGUGGAAUUUGAAUCUGCUGACUCCAUGCAACGUGCGCUUAAGGCAUCCCCGAUCAAAUGCGGCGAAUAUGAGCUACACGUUGAAGAAAGACGAGCCGGCGACAAAGGAAGGUUCUCAUCAGGAAGGGGUGGCUACCGAAAUGACAACUUUAGGGGCCGCGAGAACUAUGGGCGUGAUAAUUACACCGAAGGCCGCGGGAACCACAAUGAAGGCCGCGGGAACUACAAUGAAGGCCGCGGGAACUACAAUGUAGGCCGCGGGAACUACAGUGGAGGCCGUGGUUAUGGAAGAGACGAUCAGGAGAAGAGGGGCGAAUACCGUGAAAUAUCUGGUUCAGCAGCGAGGGGGAAUGCCGGGCGCAAUGCAGAAGAUUAUCAGAACCACAAGUCUUACCAGAAUGGAGGAAACGCUCCUCGUCAAACUGCGAAAUCCGCUGCUGCUUAAAUUAGACUAAGGAACUUAAAACAUAAGAAGCUUAUUUACUUGGAGAGAUUUCAUACAAAAGGCAUUAAUUUUUGGUAGGCACAAGUUAGAGAGCGGCCAUGUUACUUAGUAGGUCUUUGACCUUUCUGAGUUUUCCCCAGUUUUUUUAUUAUUCUCUUAUCUCUUUUUUUUUGGGUCUAAAAAAAUGUUUGAACAAGCAAUAGUCCCGAAAGGAUCGCUAAUGAAAUACCGCAUUUAGAAGCUCAUUUACACCGCAAUGUAGACAAAAAUGGAAUUGUGAGGAUGGGAGAAACUAUAUUUUGGUGGAAUAAUUAUUGUUGGAA